AACAGCCAUCUGCGCGCACAGUCGCUCCAUCACUCCACUCCAUCUUAGUCGAACCGCGCAUUACCGUCCCUACCGGACACGCUUUAUCGACACCCCGAAUCCCUUUCACAACACACCACCGGCACAAUGAGCGGCACCGCGACACAACCACCGCAAUCGACGGGCAGCCUCAAGCUCGACUCCCUCAAGCAGAAUGCUGAGGCCGCUGUCGAGCCCGAGAAGCUGUCUGGUUUUGGCCUCUACGCGCGAUUCGCAUUCGCCGGCGCUGUCUGCUGUUCCGUCACCCACGGCGGUCUCACACCUGUCGAUGUCGUCAAGACCCGUAUCCAGCUCGACCCAGCUACCUACAACCGUGGUAUGAUUGGCGGUUUCCGUCAGGUCAUCGCGAAGGAGGGCGCUAGCGCUCUCUUGACUGGUGCUGGCCCAACCUUUGCUGGUUACUUCCUGCAGGGUGCCUUCAAGUUCGGUGGAUAUGAGUUCUUCAAGCAGCAAUCCAUCAACAUGCUCGGCUACGAGACUGCCUCGAACAACCGCACUGCUGUCUACCUCGCAUCGUCUGCCUGCGCCGAGUUCUUCGCCGACAUUGCCCUCUGCCCUCUCGAAGCUACCCGUAUCCGAUUGGUGUCCGAGCCAACUUUCGCCAAGGGUCUCGUCAGCGGUAUGAGCAAGAUUGCGAGCCAAGAAGGCCUUGGUGCUUUCUACUCUGGAUUCGGCCCAAUUCUGUUCAAGCAGGUUCCAUACACAAUGGCCAAGUUUGUCGUUUAUGAGAAGGUCUCGGAACUCGCAUACUCCAAGUUCUUCGACAAGAGCAACACCAGCGCUGGUAUGCAGACCGUCAUCAACCUUGGGUCUGGUUUGAUCGCCGGUUUCGCCGCCGCCAUCGUUUCUCAGCCAGCCGACACUAUGCUUUCAAAGAUCAACAAGACCAAGGGUCUCCCCGGUGAGGGCACCACCAGCCGUCUGAUCAAGAUUGCCAAGGAGCUCGGUCUCCGUGGCUCAUACAGCGGUAUUGGUGCUCGUCUCUUCAUGGUUGGAACUUUGACUGCCGGUCAAUUCGCCAUCUAUGGUGACAUCAAGAAGGCCAUCGGUGCCGUUGGAGGUGUCGAGAUUGCUGCCAAGUAAACGUUUCGCAGCCUACAGAGACAGGCGCAUGUGCUAGUGUUGGUUCAAGAUGCGACAAGGCAGGCUAGUAGGACAAGUUGAGGGCAGUUCACGGCAUUUCCAGUGCUUGAGAGCAAGCGUUGGAUGGUGCUCCGAGCUGGUUCCUCCACAACAUACCUAAUAUCUGGCUGGCAUAGAUGAUAGAGAGGGCGGUGCAUCACAGCUUUCUCGUACCGACCUUAUGUACAGUAGUAGACAGCAUAGGGACGGCGUCUUGCAAUGAUACUUUCAAUUUUGGUCUA